AUGAAGGAGUUUCCGCGCAAGUUCUUGAGCCUUCGGGACAAGAAUCACUCACACAACAGGAGCAAGUCGGCGCCGCCUUCAAAAAGCCGACCUCGCUCGACCGAGGCUUUCUUUGCUUUAUUCGGCCGCGACGCCAAGUCCAAGGAUACAGCCGACAAGGAUGAAGAAGAUUUCAAGGUUGAGGAGAUACGCCGCCACCUCGACGAGCUCAAUAUUACCAACGUCAGCAAUGAACAUAUCAAAGAUAUCCUGGGUACCGCAUUCGUCAAUGGCGGUGCGAAGCAGACGGCCGAAUUUAUAAGCAUCGAACAGAAGUCUGUUGCCGGUACCAUUGUUCCAUACAAUCGUCAUGUGCAGAUGCUCGGCGCCGAGAAUCGGGGCGGCGUUACUUGCUAUCUCGACGCUCUCCUCUUCUCCAUGUUUUGCAAGAUGGACGCUUUUGAGUGUAUGCUCAAAACAGAAUUCCCGGCCGGUGAUACAAAGGCCAAGCUUGUCAACCUGUUGCGCGUAUGGGUGAAUUUGCUUCGUUCUGGAAAACUCGUCAAAGUUGAUCUGACACGUUUAAUUCAAGAAGCGAUGGGCGACAGUGGCUGGCCAGACGCCCGUCUACUGGAACAACAAGACACAUCCGAAGCAUUCGCUUUUCUCACAGAGACUCUCCAGCUUCCACUAUUAUCCCUUCAAGUCGACCUUUUCCAUCAAGGGAGAAAGGAUAAAGAAGACCACAAGGUCGUCUACGAACGAUUGCUGAACCUAGCUGUCCCCCCAAAUCAAGAUGGGAAAAGCAUCAGGCUUGAAGACUGCCUUGAAGAAUACUUCAACGCGCAAGUCGACGUGUUGCGGGACAGCGAAGAGGCCAAAAAAUCUUCUUCGAAUGACAAAGAACCCCACACCCCUACUCUUUUACACCAAAAGACGCUGCGGCUUGUUCGAGGUGAGGAGUACAAUGAUGACUCGACAACCUUCAGUGCCUCUCCUUUAGACAUGUCGCCUCUACACCCGUUCUCUAGCCAAUCGUCAGUGGCAAGCGACUUUCCCGCUCUUGAGCGGCCGGCUACCUCCACGGGUGUAUCUCUUGAUGCAACACCUAAAUUUGAGGCGCCCGCAAUACCAAAGCGGCUCUCUUUGAGAAAUAGAUCCGGAAGCCUCAUUCGAAGGGUUGUUAUCGAUGAGGAGGGAAGGCCGACAGACACAAAUGUGGAAGAGGCUCGUAAGAUCAGUCGAAAAGGCUCUAUGGUAGUGAAGGCUGUAACGAUACCUGCCUGGCAAUUCUUUCGACUUAUCCCUUGGCAUGCGGUUCGAGCAAAUGAACCUCGCAGUAACUCUGAAGUUGUGCUCAAUUUCGAACAGCGGCCUGUUGUUGGCAUAUGUCUAAAACGUUAUGCCAUGACAUCCACUGGGCAGCCACAAAGACACAACACCUACAUCGACAUUCCCGACAGCCUCCGUCUGCCACACUUCAUGCUCGCCGACGGCCCCAAUACGAACCCUGAUGAUUCCCUAUUGACAUCGGACUUCAAGCUUGUGCUGCAAUCAGUCAUCUGCCAUCGCGGUGAUACCCUGCAAAGCGGACACUACAUUGCCUUUGCGAGAGCCGCGCCGAAACUUCUGACCUCGAAUAGACGCCAUAGCUUCGAUCCGCCCCCGGAUUAUGAAGAGGCUCAAUGGGUCAAAUUUGAUGAUCUCGAAGAGCCUCGUGUCACAGUUGUCGACAACAUCAAGAAGUCCCUCGCUGAGGAGAUGCCGUACCUUCUUUUCUACCAGAUUGUGCCCAUGGUGGAAGUAGCUUGCCCUUCAACAGACGGCACUGCCACCGGCCCGCCAUCCUACCAAGAAUCUAAGACGAGCCUUGAAAUACAGACUUCUCGGGCCACCGAUGGCGGCCCAUCCAUUCCGAGCAAGCCUCCCAGCAUCCGCCUAUCAAUGGACGACGAGAGGCCUACGGGAACAGUUAGGUCAGCGCGACCGUCGGUUUCUGGCUCGGUGCCUACAGAUUCUCGCCGCGAUAGCGCCAACUUCACCCUAUCCUCCAUCACUACGCCUAUCAUUACGCCGACUCGUACGCCAGAGGCUAAUUCUCCAAUAAUUUCACCAAGCGAUAUCAAGACGCCCCGUCUCUCGCGAGCCGCGUCACGUUUCACUCUAGGUCGCCAGAGCCGGCCUAGUAGCCAGUCUGGCGAGGGACGCAUUAGUUUGUCGAUUACUCGUCUUGGUGGUCUCAUAAAGCAGAAUAGGGAAGUUUUGCCUAAUGCUGAAAACGGUGAGGAAAGAGGGUCGACUCCUUUAGGAUCCCCGUCGCCAAGAAAUGCCAGCUUCGAAGUCUUCCGCAGCGCCGAGGGCCAACAACCACCCUCCACUGCCAACACUUCCACGGCCGCCACUGCCACGACGGCCGUGGAGCCGGAAUCAAAGCGCAGCAAGCAGAGGCGCAAGAGCAAGUCGCGAGAAAAGACUCCCAAGCCUAGCAAGCAAAAGGACAGCUCUCAGCCGGAUCGAGAAUGCCUUUUGAUGUAG